AUGAAAAAAGAAAAAAAAACUCCGACGCCCCUUCCAUCACAUCAUGUACUCUUCGCUGAACCGGGUUUUUUUCUUUGCAAUUUUUUUUUCGUUCUCCUAAAGCAUACACAAAUAAAUCCUUUUUUUUAUUUUCUAUUUAUUUUGUUAUUUAUCAUCUAUAUAGCAAUAAUAUACUUUGUUUUUAUUCGUAUUUCACACUUUUCUUUUUCCUUAUGCAGGCAGUGUAAUUCAUUGGGGAGGAUGAUUUUCAUGUGCGCAUAUCUACCGGCUGCAAGCAGCCGGUCGGUGGCAAAUCCGGCGCUUCCCCCUCAAAAAAAAAAAAAAAAAAAAAAAAAGGGAACUCUCAGAACGGGGGAGGUUGAAGAGCAGGCCAAGGGAAAUAUUAGUUUUGACCUAUGUGGGAAACAGAAUUUUCAAUGA